GUGGCCGCAGGACUGUUUUCCUGUUGUACCACAAGCUAUUCUGGCUUGGCCCCGAUUGUAGCAAGCGUCCAGUCCCACGUCGCAGUGCGAAAAUGUGUACAAAUACUGCAGCAUACCCGCAGUAAUUUGGCUGGCAGGAUCGGGUGUAUUUUUUGUGCAAGUUCGGCUGCAAGACAUCCAGUGCUCCGCCCUAUUUUAGGGCUUCUCUGGUUUUGGUUGACACACAAAGCGGAGAAGGGACAGCCAUGCCCGAAUCAGUGAAGGAAUGUGGACCCGUUUUGUGCCAGUGAGGACCAAUUAACCGACUAUCGACUACCAGGAUACUCUUCUGGUAUCCUGCUGCAACGAAAACAACAAAUCACAGAUCGCUUUUGGAAGCCAAGCGUCCGCCAAAAAUUAAUCAGCCGGAAUGAGGGUGGGGGCGGACAUGGUAUACGAUUACGGCAGCGAGGACUCAAUGGGCACCACCCACCUGGACUGGCCCUUUCUCAUCAAGGGCAUCCUGGAGGGCCAGACCUGCACACCCACUGCGCCGGAACCGCUGGCCGCCAUCCUGUGGGCCAUCUUUGCCGUGUUCGGCAUAGUGUACGCCCUGCUCGGCUACCGCUGCCUGCGCGCUGUCGGCUUCCUCAGCGGACUGAUGGUGGGCGCCAACGGUAUAUUUAUCCUGCAGGACUUCCAGAUCACCUUCCUGGGCAAGCCGGCGGACUCGGCGCUGGCCAUCGUGGCCGGACUGCUGGGCGCGGUCCUCGGCUCCACGUACCCGGUGGCCUCCGUGCUGAUCAGCGCCUUCGCCGGCGCCCUUCUCUCCGGCGCCGCCAUGGCCGUGUGCGUGGCCACCUUUCCGGACAACGAGUUCGGGUACCGCGAGAUCUAUGUGGCCGUGGUGGGCGGCGCCGUCAUCUGUUCGGUGCUGACCUUGUGCUGCGUGAAGUACGUGACCAUACUCACCUCCAGCAUUGUGGGCACGGCCAUGAUUCUCAGCGCCAUCGACUUUUUUAUGCACGGCCUAGAGACCAUCAAUUGGAUAAUCGGCAUGCGACCGCAUCCCUCGCCGCCGCCUUGCUACGGCGGCCUCCUGAUCGCCGCCUGGCCAGUCACCAUCGUCCUCAGCAUCAUGGUGCAGUGCUUCAUCACCGCCUGGCGCGUGGACCACCGCAAGCGCGUCUACAUGCGGCACCACAACCACCCCGGCCACGCCCACGGCGCCCACCUGCCGCACAGUCAGCAGCAGGCGGGGCCGGGCCACGCCCUCGCCCCCGUGCGUCGAUCCCAGUCCCGCACCCGCGAGACGCGCGAGGAGGCCAGGCAGCGCAAGUUCCGGUACCUGUACCAGGUGCGCACGGCCCGCGGAGACAUCAUAUCGCAGAACUUUGUAUCGGCGCUGCAGAAGCGUAUCCAGCUUAGCGGUACGGAGACGCCUUCCGAGCGGUCGAUCAAGAGCAGCUCGAACGAGCGGAACACGUUCCGGAGCGACCGGACGCACUUCACCACCAUCCACGACCCCGACUCGGAGCUGUGCGACAAGAUUGAGAUCGUCCGUGACAUUGGAUAACAAACAAGCAAUAGCUACAUGUAACUAUACCCGUAAGGGGGCUACGGGCUGCGGUACUUGGGCGUGGAUGGGACACGGGUCGGGGGAGAAACCUGGGAGACCAGAGGACGGGAAGGAUCGAGGGCUCUAAAGAGUCCUGCGGAGGGGAUGACUCAAACAAGUACGGUUGCAUGUAGACUUUGAAGAUGGGGCACAAAGUGCCGGACACUGGGAGCGCUGGAAACACUGGAUAGACAGAGGGGAGGAUCAUUGGAAGCUUUAACUAUCAGAGGAUAUACGGAUCCGGAGCUGGUUUCCCGCACAUUGGAGCACUUCCGGCGCGCAUCACUUCGCCGCCAAGCGGAGAUCAGCGGGACAAGUAGUAGAUUAAGAUUAAUGGAACCGUGCACAGCUAGAAUGUAAGACAUCCGAUUGCCGAGAGGAGAUGGCAGGAAGUGGAUUUCGUUCUCUUCACUUAUUCGAAUGUUACUAAAAAUAGAUAUACUCCCUAUGUAUACAUACAUACACAUUUACUUGUAUGUGCGGUGCAAUUACAGAGCCGCACAUAAGUUAGGCUACUACUUUAAGUUGACAUCUGCGAGUGAUGAAUGAUUUAUUGUGGAUCAUGGGUACAUCGUAUUCCUGCAACUAAAACUAAACCUAACCAAGUACUAGUAACGCUUCUCCCACUUCGAAUAUAGCCAGGCAACCGCAAUUACUAAUUACUAAUCAGUUCAUAUCUGUGUUAUAAUUAUACGACUCGAAAGAAAACCAGAGAUACAGUAGGCGCACAUAGGUGCAUCAGUAGCAGCUCAUGAAUGGAGCGUCGGCAUUUCGUUCCAUUAAAACUAUCAAGUACAUAGGCCUAAGAAUUACGUUGCAAACUCUAUACGCUCAAACAUAUAAUGCAGUUUCCCGAUCCCGCAGGACAGGCAAAAUACAAUACAAUACCUAUUAAGUACAAUUAAAAAGCGAAGCGACGGAGAAGCGGAAAAGAAUUAUGAACGCCCUAUACUCAAUUCAGUAUGACUGUCCCAUCUCUGGGCAGAUGAAUUCAAAGCAUAAACCUGUACAGUUGGAGCCAUAGCCAUUAGAGUUAGACCUAGCGUUAGCCAGUCGGAAAGCCAAAGCUAAGCCACUUAUUUGACUACACACGCCAUGUCGAUAUAUGUAACUCACAAUCGCUGUAAGGGAGGGGAAUGUAAGGUCCGACCAAGUCAGCAUUUAACACCCCUAAACGAUCCGCUCGAUCAGCCGUCUUAGCAUUAUCCGUAAGAUUAACGUUCAAAAUAUAUAUAUUAUAAGGUAUUAGAUCCAUGCAAACAGCGGUACAAACUCAAAUUAAUUCCAAAAAUUUCACGCGAUCAAUGCUAGCCGAGACAUAUGUACCAAGGUAAGUGAUAUAAAACGUUUUUAACUGUCUAGUUAAAGAGCCUAGGCGCAAUUUUUGCGAACAUAAAUAGUGGAAUAAGAAAAAAUACAUUUGAAAGGUCUUGACAGUCUUCCAUAAGUAUUUUUAAAUAUUAAUUUUAAACUUGAAACUCUUUUCACACAACAUGCUAUGUGAUCCUAUAAACUUUUCCCACUCUUUUCCACUUUAUCACCUUUUUAGACUUAAUUCCGAUCUUUUUUAGUACAAGAGUUUUUUUCAUUUAGCGCAAAAAAGGUUGGGCUCAUUAGCUGGACAUUUACAAAGAACAAUUGCAAAAUUAUAAUAUAAUGAGUAAAAAAGAAAAACAGAAAAAUUUCUGCAAGCCUUGAAGGAUUGGACAUUGCCAGGCAGAAACUUCCAUAUCGAAUCGGUUGGUUUCCAAAUCACAAAUAUAUGUACAACUCAAGUUUCCUGUUAUGUUAUUAGCUCUUAGUUUUUAGGAAUUGCUGCCGUCCGCAAUUGUUGAUUUUAAACUAUCCAACAAACUGUAAAAACGAAAUAAGCCAGAUAAAAAUAUUUCGAAAAUUCUUUAAAAUUGAAAAUAGAUUCGCUAAUCAAUAAGAAUAAUACAAAAUGGCAAAACUUUUAGCAACUGACAUUUUUAAAUUAACAGGUCUUGAAUUUCAUAUUCUUAAAGCAAGAUGGUCAGAAGUUGGAAAUGCAAUAACCUAUCAAGAGCUUUAUUUGUAUUUAUUAUCGAUUAGUACCAAUGCAUUUUCAAUCUUAAAAAAUGAAUUAUUUAUGAAAAGUUUGACUCAGUAUCUUUUCCUAUAAGAUGUUAAUUCGGUUCCUCUCGUGAUUUUAUUGUUUAAAAGCAAUGUCUAAUCGGAGGAUAAUGGGGUAUGUUGCAAAUUUAAGCUCGGCGAAUAAAAUAAAUUUGUAAGACAAACGUUCGACACACUUAAAUAAAUAUAAUGAAAAGGAUAAUAACUGCAAACUAAAGUAUUAAAAAUCAUAAAAGAGUUGCACAUUAAAAUCUAAGUAAAAAAUCAAAGGAUUUAAAUAAAAAACGAUUGUAGUCAGUGCGAUUCUAGCUUUGAAUAUUGCUUUGGUGGAUUUUCAAAUUUCUGGUGCCAAAGUGAAAUCGAAGCUGAGAAUACUGCUGAUAAAAGCAUCUGUAAUAUCCAAAAAGAAAACAUAUUAAAUAAACUAUGCAGGCCACACAUGUGUUUUUCUUCAACUCACAGUACGUUUUUAGAUUGAAAUACAUAAAUAAUUCAAAUGUGAUUUCCAAAAAUAUCCAUAAAAUAAACCU